UUGACCGACAGCCUGGAACACUGCAGCCUUCAGUAGGCGAAGUGGCGAUCGUUAGGAGUCUCGUGUGGCCGGGAGCUGCGAGCAUCGCGGUGGGUAAGAAGUUCCUGAACGUGUACGUGGGUCACGGAGUCAAGUUCCUGUCCGAACCAUUCCAGUUGGCUCCUCCUCAGCGACUGCAGUCUGGUAGUUGUGUGAGUUUGAGUGAAGACGCUGAAGGAGAGGGAAAACCGACACUGCGCUGUGAGAUUCCAGUGGAGCAACCUGAUCUACUCGAAGAUCCGUCACCUCCUGCAGAAGAAGAGGAAUGAGACUCAUAAGGUGAGUCAGGCUUGCUUGAAUUCAUUCUUAGUUUUCCUUUGGUGCUUGGUGGUUAGUUUACCGUACAUCAUCAGAUAUUCGGGCUGUGAAAAGAACCUCGUCAGAUCUCGUUUAGACCAAACGGUCUGGUAUCCAGGAUAAUCCAAGUAAUAUAUCAAACACGCAUCAUCCAAA